GGCAGCGAGCGGCAGCGGGCGGGCGGCGGGGCCGCGCCCGGCGAUGAGGCACGAAGCGCCCAUGCAGAUGGCAUCCGUUCAAGAUUCCAGAUAUGGCCAGAAAGAUACAUCUGACCAGAACUUUGACUACAUGUUCAAACUGCUCAUUAUCGGCAACAGCAGUGUUGGAAAAACCUCCUUUUUGUUCCGAUACGCUGAUGAUUCCUUUACAUCUGCAUUUGUAAGCACGGUUGGGAUCGAUUUCAAAGUAAAAACCGUUUUCAAAAAUGAAAAAAGAAUUAAGCUACAGAUUUGGGACACAGCAGGCCAGGAGAGGUACAGAACAAUUACCACAGCUUACUACCGGGGUGCAAUGGGCUUCAUUUUAAUGUAUGACAUCACAAAUGAAGACUCUUUCAAUGCUGUGCAGGAUUGGUCAACUCAAAUCAAAACGUACUCUUGGGAUAAUGCCCAGGUUAUUUUGGUUGGCAACAAAUGUGACAUGGAGGAUGAACGGGUAAUCUUCACUGAGAGGGGAAAACAUUUAGCAGAGCAACUUGGAUUUGAAUUUUUUGAAACAAGUGCCAAGGAAAACAUUAAUGUCAAGCAGACGUUUGAGCGACUUGUGGAUAUCAUCUGUGACAAAAUGUCAGAAAGUCUGGAGACGAAUCCCACCAUUGCUGCCAGCAACCAGAACACACAGCUAAAGGACACCCCUCCUCCACAGCAGCCCAACUGCAGCUGCUAAUGCAGCUAUCAGCAAAGGCAGCUCCAGUGUGUUCUAUUGCCAACAGAGUAUUUAUGAAUGGUCUAUAUACCUUUAUUUAUACUGUCUUAUUAAUUUAUUUGGAGAACAGUCUUGUUUUACAUCAGCUGUUCUAAUAUGCAUAUGGGGAUGGAGCAGUUUUUAGCCUAAAAGGAUGAUCCGUAUUUUAGAACCUGGCUUUUGCAUGCAGAGUGUAUAUUAAUUUCUCUUCUCUUUUUACUGUUUUGUGUCACAUUUCAGCUGGUGCCAUGCCCUCAGACCAUGUUUGCCUAUAAUUGUCUCUCACUUCACUGGUUUCAAGUUAUAUAGUUGAAUUUUUAGGGUAGUGGUCAGGGUGUUUUGACUUAGCUUCCUGAUGCCACUUGUGUAUUUUCCUGAUUGAAAAUGAAUUUAGAAGUAUUCCUGUAGUGAGCAAAUCCCUCAUUCUGCCAGAUCACUUGUACAAGGGACGCUUCCUGAGCGCAUUGCCUUGUAAAAUCCACACUCACUAUGUUACACAUCCUGGCUGACUGAAAACUGCAGAAAUCAGAACAAAGUUAGGUCCUGGGCCCAAAGCCAUCAAAAUUCUCAACUGUUCAUCAACAAUUUCCAACUGGAUGUGGAUAUUCAGUCCAGAGUCUCAGAGAUAUUAGGUACUUCGUCCUGUUUGGACAGCUAGUGUAUUUGCUUUUACAUAGGAGCUGCAUGUCUAGCUAAUAAUUUUCUGAAACUAGAAUUAAUUUCUCAUUCCAUCACUAUGGAG